AUGGCUCCCCUAGCUUCCACGUGGUGGGAAACACCUACCGAUGCCGACCUCGACUACGGAUUCGAUUCUGACGAACCUGAUAAUAGAUACGGGCCUGAUCGCCACACGAACCCUCGAAAACAGACCGAAUUGAAAGAACGAGAACCCCAGGAUACAGACGAGAAGGGAGUGCUUGAAAAUAUGUCUUCUUGGCUCCAGCGUCAGGCUGGUUCGUCGCACGGCCAGCUUGCGACUACCGCUGUUUUGUCCGGUGCAGCUGUCGCAGGUGCUAUCUUUGGAUACCAAUCAUACAAGCGGAAGGAGGCUGUUCAUGACUUGAAAGCUUCGAUCCCAAAUAUUGAUGAUCUUCAUCCCGCUGAAAAGCUUACCGACUUCGGUGCCGCUGCACCCGAAAUCCCAUUGAGCAAGGAAGAUGAGCGCAGUGCAGCUUUGGCUCGCAGGGCACAACAGGGAGACUAUGAUGAUGACUUGAUCCUUGAACAACUUGCCCGCAACCGCGUGUUCCUCGGUGACGAAGGUCUUGCCAAGCUUCGCUCUUCGUUUGUCGUCGUGGUUGGAUGUGGUGGUGUCGGCUCCCAUGCCGCUGCCUCGCUCGCUCGAUCGGGCGUAUCUAAGAUCCGACUCAUCGAUUUCGACCAAGUCACACUAUCCUCGCUGAACCGACACGCCCUUGCGACAUUGGCCGAUGUUGGAACAUCCAAGGUUCACUGUAUUCGGAGACGAUUGGAGCAAAUCGCCCCAUGGGUCACAUUCGAUUGCAGGAACGAACUGUUUGGAAAGUCGGCAGCUGACGACCUUAUCAGUCAUUGGACUCUGACAAAGGACGGAGAGGGACGCCGUCCGGACUUUGUGUUGGAUUGCAUUGAUAACAUUACGUCCAAGGUGGACUUGCUACACUACUGCCACUCGAAUUCCCUACCCGUGAUCUCAUCCAUGGGUGCAGGAUGCAAGUCAGACCCGACUCGCGUUGUGGUCGGCGACAUCUCGCUCAGUACUGAUGACCCUCUGUCUCGCAGUACACGGCGUAAGCUGAAGGCCUUGGGCGUCACUUCAGGUGUUGCAGCUGUGUUUUCGACAGAGAAGCCUGGUCCUGGUAAAGCAAGCCUACUUCCUCUUCCCGAGGAGGAAUAUAAGAAGGGUCAAGUGGGUGAGCUCGGAGUCCUUCCCGACUUCCGAGUUCGCAUUCUCCCUGUUCUGGGAACCAUGCCUGCUGUCUUCGGUUACACGGUAGCCAACCACGUUAUCUGCAGCAUUACUGGAUACCCGCUCGACUACAACAUGGGCGCCAAGGGCCGUGAGAAGCUCUACGAUGGCAUUCUGGCCGCUAUGCUAGCCUUGCACGAGCGAAUGAUCAAACAUGCCACCGGCGGGGACACAAUCGGGCUUCGCACUCCCAUCAGCAAGGAUGACAUUGCAUUCCUUGUAGAGGAAGUCUAUCGGGGAAAGAGUGCAGUCAGCGGCUUGCCGAACAGGCUGGUUCUCAUUCCCUGGCAAAAUCCUACCCAUGGAUGGAAGAUGGAUUUGAGCCUGGAACAUGAGGGCCAGAAGCUCAUCCCGGUCAACAUCAAUGAAUUGGUCUGCAUGACCAAGGAAGAAGCUUCUCACCACGAGAAGGAGGUGCUCAAAGGUGGCAAGCCAGUGGAAGAGGUCUACGAUGCGACUGUCCUCCAUCGCGUGAACCUCCGGAAAAGGGAAGCGGAAGAGUACGAGCAGUACCGGGGAUAA